GGGAGGGAGGACUCUGUUGUUCUGGAGUCCGGGAAACUAAAAGGCUGAGAGGGAGCUGCAGCGCGAGUCCCCCCGACCCUUCCCCAUCCCAGACGUGUGGGCCCGUGGACCGCCGCGGCUCCCCCGGGACGAGGUGGGGCCGUGGGAAAGGAGGCUGUGCUUCUCCCCGGGGGCUGGGGCCUGCAAUGUCUUGUUCGAGCGCCCCGGGGGCUGUGAUCGCGCUCCUCCGCCUCGCGGCAGCUUGUUUGCCCGGCCUGCUGGGAGCGAUCGGCGCUGACAGCCCUCCUCAGACUCCUCGAACCGCUUUUGAGUCUUUCGGAAGAAAACUGAACUUCACAUUUACCAAGAUAACUUGAAAAUGAGCAGCCGACGGAAACGUGCUCCUCCAGUGAGGGUAGAUGAAGAGAAGCAACAGCAGCUUCGUUGGAAUAUGCAUGAGGACAGAAGGAAUGAACCUCUCACCUUAACUGAUGACGAGCAGUGCUGCCCAGGCUUGGACUCCUCUUCUGCUCACUGCAUCAUCCUAGAUGACAGUCUAAAGGAAGAAGUGGCUCACAAAGAUAAGAAGAGGUGUUCAGAAGUGGUGAGCGUCUCAAAAUCAGUUGAAGAAGAGACUGGUGGCAUUUUUUCCCCUUUGUCUCUAAAGCUGAAUAUUGUGAUUUCUCCCUAUCACUUUGAUAAUUCUUGGAAAGCAUUUCUAGGGGAAUUAACUCUUCAGCUUCUUCCUGAACAGAGUUUAAUUGAAAAUUUUUCUGAAAGGAGUUUUACCCUGAUGAGUUCAGAGUCGAGCUAUCAGUUUGUGAUCUAUGUUCAUUCAGAAUGCGAAGAUGUAGAGAAAAAAGAAAGAGGACUCAACGAGCCAAUCAGUAUUUGUGACAAAGGUAUUCAAGUGGAAUCAUCCUUCAGUGGUGAAAUGUUAGAAGAUUUGGGGUGGCUGCAAAAGAAGAAAAGAAUAAAACUUUACCAAAAACCAGAAGGAAAUCACAUUAUCAAGGUUGGAAUUUAUCUUUUGGAAGGUGGCCUAGCAAAACUAGAUUUUCUGAGUGAUGCAAACUCAAGAAUGAAAAAGUUCAAUCAACUCAUGAAGAGAGUGAUGGAAAAGUUAUACAAUUUUAUUAUUCCAGAUGUGUUGGAAGAGGAUGAGGAAGAUUCAGAGAGUGAGCCAGAGGGACAGGACAUCGAUGAGCUCUAUCACUUUGUGAAGCGAACACAUCAGCAAGAAACUCCGUGCAUCCAAGCGGAUGUCCAGCAUCCUGCACUGACUCCUGUGUUGAGACCGUACCAAAGAGAGGCUGUCAAUUGGAUGCUACAACAAGAGCAUUUCAAAAGCACCCCUGCUAGUGAAAAUGCCCUGCACUUCCUAUGGCGAGAAAUUGUUACAUCUGAGGGUUUGAAACUCUACUACAAUCCAUAUACAGGCUGCAUCAUCCGUGAGUACCCAAAUGCUGGGCCACAGUUGCUUGGUGGAAUCUUAGCAGAUGAGAUGGGUCUCGGAAAGACAGUAGAGGUUUUGGCUCUGAUUCUGACACAUACCCGGCAAGAUGUCAAACAAGAUGCUCUCACUCUUCCUGAGGGAAAAGUGGUGAAUUAUUUCAUUCCAUCACAUUAUUCUGGAGGAAAUGUAAAAAACACAGAAACCCAGAAUAUGGAAUUUGAACCAAAAGAAAAAGUUCAGUGCCCCUCUACUCGUGUGAUGAUCCUGACAGCUGUUAAAGAAAUGAAUGGAAAAAAAGGAGUUUCCAUUCUUUCCAUCUACAAGUAUGUCAGUUCUAUAUAUAGAUAUGAUGUUCAACGGAACAGGAGUCUUCUGAAAAGGAUGCUGAAAUGUUUAAUUUUUGAAGGUCUUGUGAAACAGAUCAAAGGCCAUGGUUUUUCUGGUACUUUUACACUGGGAAAGAAUUACAAAGAAGAGGAUAUACAUGAUAAAACAAAAAAGCAGGUUGUGGGGAGUCCAAGGAAAAUUCAGAAAGAAUCCAGAAAACCAGGGAGCAAGGACACAGAUUCUGAAUACUUUCCAUCAAACACCUCUGAUGAUGAUGAUGAUCCUUACUAUUAUUACUAUAAGGCCAGGAGAAAUCGUAGUAAAUUGAGGAAAAAGCCUGUUCCAUCCACAAAAAAGGAAAAAAGUCAGCUUAACAUCAACCUCAACUCACAGGAUCUCUGUCCAGCUGCCGGUGACUCUGCAGUUACUGAUGUUACCACAUCUGAAAGUACAUGUGUCUUUGAAGUCAAGCAAAAACAUGCAGCAAAGGACCAAGCUGAAUCUCUAAAUCCUGUUGGUCAUGACAUGCCACAUUCUAAUAUCAUGGGUCCCUAUAAUUCCUCCGAUUAUCACUUUGAGUGCAUAUGUGGUGAAGUUGACCAGGUAGACCGUAAGCCUCGUGUUCAGUGCCUGAAAUGCCACUUGUGGCAGCACGCAAAAUGUGUGAAUUAUGAAGAGAAGAAUCUGAAGAUUAAACCUUUCUACUGCCCCCACUGCCUUGUUGCGAUGGAGCCAGUAUCAACAAGAGCAACUCUGAUCAUCUCCCCUAGUUCCAUCUGUCAUCAAUGGGUGGAUGAAAUCAACAGACAUGUGAGGUCAUCAUCUCUUCGGGUCUUGGUAUAUCAAGGAGUGAAGAAAGAUGGUUUUUUACAGCCUCAUUUUUUGGCAGAACAGGAUAUAGUCAUCAUUACUUACGAUGUCCUUCGUUCAGAACUAAACUAUGUAGAUAUCCCACACAGCAAUAGUGAGGAUGGACGUCGCUUAAGGAACCAGAAGCGCUAUAUGGCCAUUCCCAGCCCCCUCGUAGCUGUGGAGUGGUGGAGGAUUUGCCUUGAUGAAGCUCAGAUGGUUGAAUGUCCUACUGUAAAAGCUGCAGAAAUGGCUCAGCGCUUAAGUGGGAUUAACCGCUGGUGCAUCAGUGGCACUCCAGUACAGAGAGGAUUGGAGGAUCUUUUUGGGUUAGUGGUCUUUCUUGGUAUUGAACCUUACUGUGUCAAACACUGGUGGGUUCGACUUCUCUAUCGUCCUUACUGCAAGAAGAAUCCUCAGCUCCUCUACAGCUUUAUUGCCAAGAUACUGUGGAGGUCUGCAAAGAAAGAUGUGAUUGACCAAAUCCAGAUACCCCCUCAGACAGAAGAAAUCCACUGGCUCCACUUUUCUCCAGUGGAAAGACAUUUCUAUCACCGUCAACAUGAAGUGUGCUGCCAGGAUGCAGUAGUAAAACUCAGGAAGAUUUCUGACUGGGCUUUGAAGCUCAGCAGCCUGGACAGAAGGACUGUCACCUCCAUCCUGUAUCCAUUGCUGAGGCUCAGGCAGGCCUGCUGCCACCCACAGGCUGUUCGUGGGGAGUUCUUGCCACUCCAGAAAAGCACCAUGACAAUGGAGGAACUGCUGACAUCCCUGCAGAAGAAAUGUGGAACUGAAUGUGAAGAAGCACAUCGGCAGCUAGUUUGUGCCCUCAAUGGCUUAGCAGGCAUCCACAUCAUUAAAGGUGAGUAUGCCUUGGCAGCAGAACUGUACAGAGAAGUGCUGCGUUCAUCUGAGGAACACAAGGGAAAGCUCAAAACUGAUUCACUGCAAAGACUUCAUGCUACCCAUAACCUGAUGGAAUUGUUGAUAGCCAAGCACCCAGGGAUACCUCCUACCCUGAGAGAUGGCAGACUUGAGGAAGAGGCCAAACAGCUGCGAGAGCAUUAUAUGAGCAAGUGUAAUACAGAGGUUGCUGAAGCGCAACAAGCUUUGCUGCCAGUGCAGCAGAACAUACGUGACCUCCAGAGAAAGAUUUAUUCUAAUUCUCCUUGGUGGCUGAAUGUGAUACACAGAGCAAUGGAAUUUGGUAUUGAAGAGGAACUUGUUCAAAGAGUGCGAAAUGAAAUAACCAGCAACUACAAGCAACAAACUGGCAAGCUUUCUAUGUCAGAGAAGUUCCAUGACUGCAGAGGUCUUCAGUUCUUACUUACAACACGUAUGGAAGAGCUAAGUAAGUUCCAGAAGCAAGUAAGAGAUGCUGUAAAAAAUCUGGAGGGACCUCCAUCUCGUCAUGUUAUUGAGUCUGCAACAAUCUGCCACCUCCGGCCAAUCAGGCUUCCCCUCAAUUGCUGUGUCUUUUGUAAGGCUGAUGAAUUGUUCACAGAGUAUGAAUCGAAGCUAUUUUCUCACACAGUCAAAGGCCAGACUGCAAUAUUUGAGGAGAUGAUAGAAGAUGAAGAAGGACUGGUGGAUGAUCGAAUACCUACCACCAACCGGGGUCUGUGGGCAGUAAGUGAGACAGAGCGAUCCAUGAAAGCUCUGCUAUCGUUUGGAAAAUCACAUAGAUUUGAUGUUGAAUUCAUUGAUGAGGGAAGUGCUUCAAUGGAUCUCUUUGAAGCUUGGAAGAAAGAAUAUAAGUUGCUUCAUGAAUAUUGGAUGGCUCUGAGGAAUCGUGUGUCUGCUAUUGAUGAACUUGCAAUGGCUACAGAACGACUAAGAGUACGUGAUCCUAGGGAGCCAAAGCCCAAUCCACCAGUUCCUCAUAUCAUUGAACCACAUGAGGUAGAACAAAAUCGUAUAAAACUACUAAAUGAUAAAGCUGUUGCUACAUCACAGCUUCAGAAAAAACUUGGGCAGCUUCUUUACCUAACUAACUUGGAGAAGUCUCAGGACAAAACAUCAGGAGGUAUUAAUCCAGAACCUUGUCCAAUCUGUGCUCGGCAACUGGGAAAACAGUGGGCAGUACUGACCUGUGGGCACUGUUUCUGUAAUGAAUGCGUUUCAAUUAUUAUCGAACAGUACAGCGUGGGGUCUCACAGAAGCUCCAUUAAGUGUGCCAUCUGCCGCCAGACCACAUCUCAUAAAGAAAUCUCGUAUGUCUUCACCUCACAGAAAGCCAGCCAGGAAGAGGACAUCCCUGUGAAGGGCAGCCAUUCUACAAAAGUGGAAGCUGUGGUCAGAACUCUGAUGAGAAUCCAGCUGAGAGAUCCAGGGGCUAAAGCACUUGUUUUCUCAACGUGGCAAGAUGUAUUAGACAUUAUUUCAAAAGCUCUCACUGAUAACAGCAUGGAAUUUGCACAGAUCAGUCAUGUUAAGACAUUUCAGGAGAACCUUUCAGCAUUUAAACAUGAUCCCCAAAUCAAUAUUUUGCUGCUGCCCCUGCACACAGGUUCUAAUGGAUUAACUAUCAUCGAAGCAACUCAUGUUCUCUUGGUGGAGCCCAUAUUGAACCCUGCCCAUGAGCUUCAGGCCAUAGGAAGGGUGCAUCGGAUUGGACAAACAAAACCCACUAUUGUACACAGAUUCUUAAUUAAAGCAACAAUAGAAGAAAGAAUGCAAGCAAUGCUGAAAACUGCCGAGAGGAGUCACACAAACCCAUCAGCGAAACAUUCCGAGGCCUCUGUUUUGACCGUGGCUGAUCUGGCAGACCUAUUUACCAAAGAAACUGAAGACCUCGAAUGAAGUACACUUGAUUCAAUCCACAGACUUUAAUGUGUUUUAAAUUUUUCAUAGUUUAUAGAAUAAAGUUAUAAGUUAAACAGUCCAAUAGAUGUCAGUAAACAGUGUUCUUAGUUGAAUGAAUUUAUUUCUUUUUCAGUUGUACAGUGUCCUAGUAGUUAUUGAGUCCUUUCCAAUAUACUGUUUCCACAAUAGCCUAUAAAGAUUUUUAAUUUUACACUCCCAAUAAAAUAUUUAUUUUUGUUCCCAAGAGUACCUCUAUCUGAGGGAAUUAAGAGAGGUAAUGUGUACUUUUCUUUUGGUAAGAUCAGUCUUAAAAAGAAUUAGAAUAACAGAGUAAGUCAACUAGUCGAGUUGUACAUGACUUGGUAUACUCUACCAACUAGAUCUCAUUUUUGAAAGAGCCUUCAGUAUCUUUAGCACAUGAUUCACCAAUAUCUUAUUAGUGAUAUUUCUAAAAGAUGGUGAAUUAUGUUAGCUCCUAGUUCUUUGAGUAGAUAUAGACUGUAACUCCAUAAAUAGUAACUUUAGAGUAAUGCAACUCCUAACAAUAAGUUAAUAUUAGGCAAUUAUUUCUUUUCUCUGUAUCUUGCCACUAAAAAUCAAAACACUGCACACUUUAAGUAUUUCUAUUCUAUGUUAAGUAUUAUCAGUGUAAGCAGUUAACUUUAGCCUUUC